UCCACAUACUUAUGUUCAACCAAAUUAUCUCCAGCUAACCUGCAGUAUUCAAUCCCUCCCACACAGGGCGGCUACGGUGAUAGUAAGGCUACAGAUCUCGCCGUUUGCGCCCUAAUUUUCCAGAAAAUAGACAGUACCCGAAGCACAAAAUUGCUUUAGUGUCACUAUCAGUGUGCUCGGUUGCUGUCUAACAGGUAGAUGUUGAGGAAAGUCUUUAUUUCAGUCAACAAAGGCCACCCUGAGACGAGGUGAAAUGAGUUCAGACUCGGCUGUGAAAGCGGCGGCGCUUGGGUUUUAUAGUGUCUUGCGUUAGUCGCUAGAUGGCAGGAGAAGUCCAGUUUCUGAGGGAUUAACGGGGUCGUGCAGCCUGCUGCAGCCCUGGAUUAUUUAGUAAUAUAACAUCAAGCGGGCUACAAAACCAUGAGAUGGCAUUCAAAGGCAAAGCGGUCGACUCGAAGACCGUGCUCUUCAACCUGCUGCUGUGUCUGCUCAUAUUUUACUCUCUUUUCUACAUGAUUGGGAGUGUGUGCUUCGGUGCCUUCAGGUUGGAUCACUUCGAUGGACUGAUUCCAUUUGACUUUAAGACCGAACCUGCUGAAUCCAACUCCAAAUACUUGGUGAACCUCCUGUCCUUGGAGCUCACCUAUUUUUGCAGCGGCCUUUUGUUUGCUGCAGUGGUGAGGAGGCGGGUGUGGGACUACGCCCUCACUGUUACACUUCUGCACGUUAUGAUCACCAGCCUUGUGAUGUUGGAGUUUCCCAUGGUGUGGCAGUGGUGGCUGGCUUUAGGCAGCGGCUUGUUCCUGAUGAUCUGCAAUGGUCAGCUGAUAGCUUAUUUCACCUGCCAGAGCGACCAGAGCUACGCCUCCUUCAGCAUCUACUGACACACAGAAAAGUAACACUGUGAAUAAACUGUUUUAUAAACAGUCGUGUGAAGUGGGGUAGACAGGAUCAGACACCCGUUAGAUUCUCCACAGUGAUGGGCUUUUGCUGUUUGGCACUAAAAAAGACU